UUAAAGUAUAGCAUGGCCUCCCAUUACGAAAGGUUACCUCUCCCUUGGCUGGGGUGUUGAGCUGUUUACUGUGGCUUUACAUUACCGUACAUAACAUGAUUAAGAUUCUGCCGCGCUUUGUCAAUAAACAAUCUGCAAUGCAGUUGAACACAGAAAGGCCAAGUGGGCCUGCGCGCGGCAGGCAGCUCCUGGGUGCCCUUCAGCCGGUUGGGCAUGGGAGGAACUCGCCCACCAAGAUGCCACGCUGUGGUGUGCUGGAGCUUCUACGCACGGGCUCAAGCAGAGACUUCGUCGUGUUUACAUGCCUGCUCCUAAAUAUUCACAGAAUCAAGUUCAAGUCCCGCAAAGAGGCCCUCGACUCUGUCUACAAGAGGAUUCAAGACGAGUGCCGCACCGCGGGGCCAAAGGGCGCCGAGAGUUUCCACAUAUUUCAAGUUAGGCUCGGCCGGAACGAGGUCUACUCGUGCCAUCGAGGACGUGCCCGCCCCCGGCGGCCAGGAUGGGGUGCCAUAUUAUUGUUAGACAGGGCGGCUAAAUCAAAGCGGAUAGUUUCGAGAACCCUGAUGACGCCGUUCCUCGAACGGCUACCUGACAACACACAAGACACUCAGCCAGGUUUAACACAUCGAAUCACUCUAGAGCGCUUCACUGGAAAAUACCAAGGCGUGGAUACAGAUUUGGUCCGUUGCCCCAGAGGCAGUCCUAUGGCCACUACUCAGCAAAUACCUGGGCGAUCACCACAAGCGGUCCAUCUUAAUCUGCCGUUAGGCAGGGCGGAAUAG